AUGGUGUUUCGCUCACCUGUAAGAAAUCGUCUUCGAUCUGCUAGGCAAGGGUCGCAGGAAGCUCCUCAGGAGUCUCAGGACACUCCUCCAAAGCAACCAAACGAUCCCCGAGAGCAGCCAAUAGUCGUUCUUGACCGUAUCGAGGACCAAAGUACCGCAGCAAAAAAUCUCACUGAAGUGAGCCCCACUGAUAUGGACCUGAACAUGCUGGAGAGUUGUACCACGAGCGCAGCCUUCACGCCCGGACGUGCUGAGCGGGCGGAAACGGAGACGGAGCCUGCUGGCACGUCUGGACCUGAGGGUGAGCUCGGUAUGGACAGCUCGAAUGAUAUGGAACGACUCUUGCUUAGCCAGGACUCAACUACAGAAGUGUCGGAAACCGCCAUACCUCCUCCCAUUGACAUGCUGCAAAUGCAGCCACAUCAGCAGCCGCAGCUGCAAUCACAGCCACAGCUGCAAUCGCAGUCGCAGCUGCAAUCGCAGCCGCAAAUGCAGCUGCCACUACCACCACCGCUGUCACAACCACAACUGCAACCGCAGCAGCUGCUACAAUCACAAUCUCAAUCGCAGCAGCAAUCAGAGGCGCUGACACAAAACCCCAUACAAAUUGCCAAGCCCAAAGCAAAGCUCUCUAAGAAGCUUAAACCAGAUGAGCAGAUAGAUAUUGGUGCAUACGCAUCAGACGUUACCGAUAUGGACUCUUUCUUUUCAGUCGUUGGCCACUUAGCCAAAUUCACAUAUAAGGCGGUUAACGAGGAGAAGAGCGUCAAUAGAAUAAAUAAGGAUGCCAUAACAAGGGCGUCUUUCGAAAUAACAAAGGCCCUUGAUAAAGCCAAACAUAUAAUGAAGUAUGACCUCCAGCCAUCGAAAGUGAAGGAGAUUCGACAGGUGCUCGACGAUGCCAGGAGCCCACCACCCACUCGCAAUCGGUCUAGGUUGUCAGACCAUCUGACAGCCCCAAUUACAGCAGAUACAAAUGAGGGACCGAGUGUGAUGGGCAUGACUGGAGUAACCGAGAGCCUGUACGGCCUUUCACAGAAGAUGGACGAACUUCCGAAAAAGCAUGAAACGGCGCAAAUAAUAAGGGACACCAUUCGUCAAGAGCUCGGAGACAUAAAAAUUACAUUACAAAAUCUCCAAAGGCAUGUAAAAGAUGACAAGUCUCACACAACUCGUGCUGUAAAACAGACUGCGAGCCCCGCCUCAAAUGCAUCACCUGUUGAGACGGAAGAAAUGCAAGGGGAAGGCGAAUUCGUCACUGUCCUCUCUAAGAGAAAGAGGCGAGCGCAAAAGCGGGUUGUAAACGUGGCAACUGGGCAAACUGAGGCGACUACUCAACCGAGAUACACUGUUAUGAUAGAAUCAAUUGAUCCUAGGCAUAACGGUGACGAAAUAGUGAAGGAGAUUAAACAGAAAGUGGAUGUCGUGCAAAUGGGAAUAGCAAUAAACAAUGUUCGCGUCACCAGACAGCAAAAGGUCGCAGUGACCUGUAACACUGAAAACGACCGUAAGAAAUAUGCCGAAGCUCUGAAAGAAAAUACAGAGAGACUCACAGUCACCACACCUCAGUUACGGAAACCUCUGCUGCGUCUUAUCGGAGUCACACCAGACGUUACAAACGAGAAAGUGGCAGAGGCCGUGCUAAAACAAAACGAGAGCAUGAUCAGCGAUAUUCCGCAAACGGAUCGGCUGAUCAGAGUCGUUCGUCGCACUAGAGGCAGGACAGAUGCGACUAAUAACGUGAUCAUUGAGGCUAGUCCUCUUAUGUGGGCCACACUUAAGGAUAACAAGAUUAGGGUGGGGUAUCAGGUGAUACCAGUAUACGAUCAAUCACCGAUCAUACAGUGUUUCCGCUGUCAGGAGUAUGGCCACAGAGCGCUAAACUGUGCGAGCAAAAACGUCUGCGGCCACUGCACAUUAGAACAUGACACGCGCAGUUGCCCACAAAGAGAGACCAGUAAACCCAGCUGUGCAAAUUGUAAAAAGCUAGGGCAUGAACACGAUCACCCAGCCUAUCGCUCUGACUGCCCAGAAUGGCAAAAAUGGGACCGGAUAGCUAGGCUAUCGGUCCAGUAUUGCUAAGGGCAGCCAGAUGCAACAACACAGUAAUAAUAAUGUACACAGAACUACUGGACCACUUAGAACAAUAGAUAAAAUAAUGCUAAAAGCUGUGCAAGCCAACCUGGGACGCAGUCAGCACGCUACCGAGGAACUGAUAAGAUGUGCAAUUAGCGAAAAGUAUGAUGUGAUAUUCAUUACCGAACCUUACACGGGAAAAAGCAUGACAAUGAAAUCCAUACCUGAUUAUGAUAUCUAUCAACAGAGCGACAAGAAUAUCACAACCAAGGCCUGUAUUGCGGUCAGACGUGGGCUAGGUGCAUGUCUAGGCAUGACGCAGCAUUUCACUGCUAACCUAGUCACUAUCCAAAUCGUAACUAGAGACAGCAAGAAAAUGUAUAUGACAUCUGUAUAUAUUGAACCCAAAGAUGAUCCAGCACGAACACUACACCAUAUGGAGGAGGUGAUGACAAUAUACAAACAUCAAGCGCACAUUGUGUGCGGAGACCUAAAUGGCUGGCACACCUCAUGGGGCUCCUCUAAAAACAACGACAGGGGCAAAAGCGUGUAUGAUAUACUGCUUAACAGUGACAUGGUCACAUGCAAUAUAGGCAGAGAACCGACCUUUGAAACCAUCACCCACAACAGAAUUAGAACAUCAAUAAUUGAUCUAACAAUGACAUCUGCAAAUUUUGCCAGUAACAUAGAAGACUGGAAAAUUAGUCCUGCAAUUAUACCAUCAUCAGACCAUCAUGCUGUACAAUUUAAUAUUAAUAUUAAUAAUAAAGUCAAGAAAAAGACAUCUACCACAACCUAUAAAUAUAACACUAACCAUGCUGACUGGCAACUAUUCAAAAACACGCUUCAAGAGAAUAUGACUACAUCCGGUUUAAUCAAUACUAACAUGAAUAAUCUAAAUAACUUACAAAUGGACACUCUUAUUAACAACAUUACUAAAGUAAUCUCAAAAACUUGCAAUUCAACUUUCAGGAAACAAACACCUUACACACGCGUACCUUGGUGGACACCCGAGCUUACCAUACUUAAAAAGAAAGUUAUCCAUUUGCAUCACCGGCUACAAGACUUAAAACGAGGAAACAAAGACCUGACCAAUAUUGUUGCAGAACUCACGGAAGCGCGGAAAGAAUACGCGGACAAGAUGCGUGAAACGUCUACAAACGCAUUCCGGGAAUUCUGUAGCAAACAAGGCAAGGACGACGUAUGGUCUGUAACUAAUCGUCUCCUUAAGUCUAAACCUCACCCACAGCCACCAGCUACACUUAAAAUAGAUGCACAUCAUUACACUACAUCCUCAAUAGAUACCGCAGAAAAAUUAACAUCUAAAUUCUUUCCGGAUGACAACCCUCAAGAAGACACUAUCUAUCACUCACGGAUAAGAAACUAUGUACAAAACAAUA